AUGAUCCAUCAAUUCUUUGUUCCUACUGAUGCAGCGGCUAUUUUAAGUAUUCUCUUGAGUUCUCGACCACCUGAUGAUCGUUUGGUGUGGGCAUUUACAUCUAAGGAAGAGUUCACAGUCAAGGGUGCCUAUAAGGUGGCGAUGGCUUCGGCUAACACGGACCAAUCUGGUGAGGAGUCCAAUAGUCAAAACCGUAAGUUAUUCUGGAAAUCAAUUUGGAAGCUUAACGUCCCUAAUAAGAUUAAAUCUUUUGCAAGGAGGGCAAACAAGAAUAUCCUACCCACAAAAGCAAACCUAGAAUUCGUAGAUCUCUUAUGGCAUUUGAAAUUUGUGGAGCAGCAGGGCGAUGAGAUAUUGGAAUUGGUUAUCACAGUAGCAUGGUGUCUAUGGUUUAAUAUUAAUGAAGCUAGACUGGGUAAUGCGAGGGCACAAGCAUCGGCAAUCUUACACAAGGCUUGUUAUUUGCUGGAGGAAUUCCAAGUUGCCAAUUUCAGAUUGUCAUCUCCAGUGAACAAUGGAGAGGUUCGGUGGGCACCACCGCCAGAAUCUAGGUACAAGAUCAAUACCGAUGGAGCUGUUUUCACUAGUUUCCAUUCUAUAGGUAUCAGUCAUUAUCCGAUAUGA